AUGGAAAUAGUAUUUGGUAUAGAAAUAGAAAAUAGUGGAUAUAGUAAUAGUUUAGGUGUUACUAUGGAGAUAGUAUUGGUAGUAUUAGUAUUAGUAGUAGUUCAAGUGGAUCAACAAAUUUAA